AGUGGUAGCCGGAGCCAGGCUGCUCCUGGCUUUGUGUCCCAGCCCUUGGUCAUAAUCUGCUGUGGAUUUACUGGGCUGGAGGAGCCCGUACAGAGUGGAGCCUUUGCUGCUGGGGAGAGUGAGUGUGUGUCGCUGAAGAUGACUGUCAGCCAGACAGCCUACCUCCUGUUCUCUGGAGUCUGCCUGGCUCUGCUGCUGCUGGCCCUGGUGUACUACACGUACUGGUCGGUUAUUCUGAGCGAGGGCCCGUGUAAACGUUUCUAGAUCAACCAUGAGUGCCAUCGCCUACCUGAAGACCCACUUCAUCGUCCACCUCUUGCUGGGGUUUGUCUUUGUGGUCAGCGGCCUCUGCAUCAACUUUAUCCAGCUGUGUACGCUGCCCAUCUGGCUCUUCAGCAAACAGCUGUACAGGCAUCUCAACUGCUGCCUGGCCUACUCUCUGUGGAGCCAGCUGGUCUUGCUGCUGGAGUGGUGGUCUGGCACAGAAUGCACGCUCUUCACUGACCAGGCCACGGUGGACAGGUUCGGCAAAGAACAUGUCAUCGUCAUCUUAAACCACAAUUACGAGAUUGACUUCCUGUGCGGCUGGACCAUGUGUGAGAGAUACGGCGUGCUCGGGAGCUCCAAGGUGCUGGCGAAACACGAGCUGCUGUACGUGCCACUGAUCGGGUGGACGUGGUAUUUCCUGGAGAUAGUUUUCUGUAAACGUCGCUGGGACGAGGACAGAGACACCGUGACCAAUGGCCUGCAGGCUCUGCGGGAUUACCCGGAGUACAUGUGGUUCCUGUUGUACUGCGAGGGCACGAGGUUUACGGAGAAGAAGCAUCGCAUCAGCAUGGAGGUGGCCGAGUCCAAGGGCUUGCCUAAGCUGAAGCAUCACCUGCUGCCCCGGACCAAGGGCUUCACCACCACCAUGGAGCAUCUCAGGGGGACAAUUACUGCCGUCUACGACGUGACGUUAAACUUCCGAGACCAAGAGACCCCCACGUUGCUGGGAAUCCUUCACGGCAAGCAGUACCACGCGGACAUGUGUAUCAGGAGGUUCUCUGUGGACGAGAUCCCUGAGGAUGAGAAGGAGUGUGCGACCUGGCUCCACAAGCUGUACCAGGAGAAGGACGCGCUGCAGGAGCAGUACGCCAAGGAGGGCACGUUCCCUGGGCAGCGGAUACUGCCCCGCCGCCGGCCAUGGCCCUUCCUCAACUGGCUCUUCUGGGUCAUCCUGCUGCUCACCCCACUCUUCAGCUUCAUGCUGGGCGUCUUCGCCAGUGGCUCACCCAUCCUCAUCUGCUCAUUCCUACUGUUCGUCGGAGCAGCCUCGUUCUGUGUGCGGCGGCUGAUCGGGGUGACGGAGAUCGUCAAAGGGUCGAGUUACGGAAACCAGGAGUUCAAGAAGAGGAUGUAGAGCAGAGAGGGUGACCCGCUGGCCGAUGACCCACGUGGCUCUGUGACUCCGGACACAUCCAGCCCACCCUCACCUGACAGCAACUCACUCCCCACUACAGCAGCAGCAGCAGCCCCAGCACAGCACAAGCCUGCCAGUGCCCACCGCCCACACACCCACCCACCCCACACACCCACCCACCCCACACACCCACCCACCCCACAC